AUGCAACUGUUCGUAAUCUGCCUGCUGGUGGCCACCACGGCCGCGUUCACCAUGUUCGGCCCGCACAUCCGCAUCGUGCCUGGCCAAAAGCCCAACGAGAUAGUCCUUCACUUUCGCAAUCCGUGCAGCAAUAAAACCAGCACCACGACCCUAAAGCCGCCACCGCCUCCAUGUCCCGAUCAUCCCACCACGCCAGCCUGUGAGCAUCGCAUUACCAGUCCGGCUCCGACGAAGCCUCCCUGCCCACAUGCCACCACCACUCCGCACAACUGUGGGGGUGAGACGACGAGAACAAGUAGGGCCACCACUCCCAAGCCAACAUUGCAAACGACUAUAGGGACAACUCUACGGACAACGACAUCGAAGCCCACUGAAAGGACAACGGUUAAGCCGACAACGACUGCGAAGCCCACAGAGAAGACGUCGGCAAAACCGACAACUCUGAAACCUACCGAGCCCACGACUCUGAAGCCCACUGAAGGAACAACGGCCAAGCCGACAACUCUGAAACCCACUGAGCCAGCGACUGCGAAAACCACAGAGAAGACGUCGGCAAAACCGACAACUCUGAAACCUACCGAGCCCACGACUCUGAAGCCCACUGAAGGAACAACGGCCAAGCCGACAACUCUGAAACCCACUGAGCCAACGACUGCGAAAACCACAGAGAAGACGUCGGCAAAACCGACAACUCUGAAACCCACUGAGCCAACGACUGCGAAGACCACAGAGAAGACUUCUGAAAAACCGACAACUCUAAAACCAACUGAGCCAACGACUGUGAAGACCACAGAGAACACGUCGGCAAAACCGACAACUCUAAAGCCCACAGAGCCCACGACUGCGAAGACCACAGAGAAGACUUCUGCAAAACCGACAACUCUGAAACCCACUGAGCCUACGACUCGGAAGCCCACUGAAGGAACAACGGCCAAGCCGACAACACUGAAACCCACUGAGCCAACCACUGAAAAGACCACAGAGAAGACGUCGGCAAAACCGACAACUCUGAAACCUACUGAGCCAACGACAGAGAAGACCACAGAGAAGACGUCUGCGAAACCGACAACUCUGAAACCAACUGAGCCCACGACUCUGAAGCCCACUGAAGGAACAACGGCCAAGCCGACAACUCUGAAACCCACUGAGCCAACGACUGCGAAAACCACAGAGAAGACGUCGGCAAAACCGACAACUCUGAAACCCACUGAGCCAACGACUGCGAAGACCACAGAGAAGACUUCUGAAAAACCGACAACUCUAAAACCAACUGAGCCAACGACUGUGAAGACCACAGAGAAGACGUCGGCAAAACCGACAACUCUAAAGCCCACAGAGCCCACGACUGCGAAGACCACAGAGAAGACUUCUGCAAAACCGACAACUCUGAAACCCACUGAGCCCACGACUCUGAAGCCCACUGAAGGAACAACGGCCAAGCCGACAACUCUGAAACCCACAGAGCCCACGACUGUGAAGACCACAGAGAAGACUUCUGCUAAACCGACAACUCUGAAACCUACUGAGCCAACGACAGAGAAGACCACAGAGAAGACGUCUGCGAAACCGACAACUCUGAAACCAUCUGAGCCCACGACUGUGAAGACCACAGAGAAAACGUCUGCAAAACCGACAACUCUGAAACCCACUGAGCCAACGACUGUGACGACCACAGAGAAGACGUCGGCAAAACCGACAACUCUGAAACCUACCGAGCCCACGACUCUGAAGCCCACUGAAGGAACAACGGCCAAGCCGACAACUCUGAAACCCACUGAGCCAACGACUGCGAAAACCACAGAGAAGACGUCGGCAAAACCGACAACUCUGAAACCCACUGAGCCAACGACUGCGAAGACCACAGAGAAGACUUCUGAAAAACCGACAACUCUAAAACCAACUGAGCCAACGACUGUGAAGACCACAGAGAAGACGUCGGCAAAACCGACAACUCUAAAGCCCACAGAGCCCACGACUGCGAAGACCACAGAGAAGACUUCUGCAAAACCGACAACUCUGAAACCCACUGAGCCCACGACUCUGAAGCCCACUGAAGGAACAACGGCCAAGCCGACAACUCUGAAACCCACAGAGCCCACGACUGUGAAGACCACAGAGAAGACUUCUGCAAAACCGACAACUCUGAAACCUACUGAGCCAACGACAGAGAAGACCACAGAGAAAACGUCUGCAAAACCGACAACUCUGAAACCCACAGAGCCCACGACUGUGAAGACCACAGAGGAGACUUCUGCAAAACCGACAACUCUGAAACCCACAGAGCCCACGACUGUGAAGACCACAGAGGAGACUUCUGCAAAACCGACAACUCUGAAACCCACUGAGCCCACGACUCUGAAGCCCACUGAAGGAACAACGGCCAAGCCGACAACUCUGAAACCCACAGAGCCCACGACUGUGAAGACCACAGAGAAGACGUCUGCGAAACCGACAACUCUGAAACCAACUGAGCCCACGACUGUGAAGACCACAGAGAAGACGUCGGCAAAACCGACAACUCUGAAACCCACUGAGCCAACGACUGUGAAGACCACAGAGAAGACGUCGGCAAAACCGACAACUCUGAAACCUACCGAGCCCACGACUCUGAAGCCCACUGAAGGAACAACGGCCAAGCCGACAACUCUGAAACCCACUGAGCCAACGACUGCGAAAACCACAGAGAAGACGUCGGCAAAACCGACAACUCUGAAACCCACAGAGCCCACGACUGUGAAGACCACAGAGGAGACUUCUGCAAAACCGACAACUCUGAAACCCACUGAGCCAACGACUGUGAAGACCACAGAGAAGACGUCGGCAAAACCGACAACUCUGAAACCUACCGAGCCCACGACUCUGAAGCCCACUGAAGGAACAACGGCCAAGCCGACAACUCUGAAACCCACUGAGCCAACGACUGCGAAAACCACAGAGAAGACGUCGGCAAAACCGACAACUCUGAAACCCACAGAGCCCACGACUGUGAAGACCACAGAGAAGACGUCGGCAAAACCGACAACUAAACAACCUACCGAGCCCACGACUCUGAAGCCCACUGAAGGAACAACGGCCAAGCCGACAACUCUGAAACCCACAGAGCCCACGACUGUCAAGACCACAGAGAAGACUUCUGCAAAACCGACAACUCUGAAACCCACUGAGCCAACGACUGUGAAGACCACAGAGAAGACGUCGGCAAAACCGACAACUCUAAAGCCCACAGAGCCCACGACUGCGAAGACCACAGAGAAGACUUCUGCAAAACCGACAACUCUGAAACCCACUGAGCCUACGACUGUGAAGACCACAGAGAAGACUUCUGCAAAACCGACAACUCUGAAACCCACUGAGCCAACGACUGUGAAGACCACAGAGAAGACGUCGGCAAAACCGACAACUCUGAAACCUACCGAGCCGACGACUCUGAAGCCCACUGGAGGAACAACGGCCAAGCCGACAACUCUGAAACCCACUAAGCCAACGACUGCGAAAACCACAGAGAAGACGUCGGCAAAACCGACAACUCUGAAACCCACCGAGCCCACGACUCUGAAGCCCACUGAAGGAACAACGGCCAAACCGACAACUCUGAAACCCACUGAGCCAACGACUGUCAAGACCACAGAGAAGACUUCUGCAAAACCGACAACUCUGAAACCCACUGAGCCAACGACUGUGAAGACCACAGAGAAGACGUCGGCAAAACCGACAACUCUAAAGCCCACAGAGCCCACGACUGCGAAGACCACAGAGAAGACUUCUGCAAAACCGACAACUCUGAAACCCACUGAGCCAACGACAGAGAAGACCACAGAGAAGACGUCUGCAAAACCGACAACUCUAAAGCCCACAGAGCCCACGACUGCGAAGACCACAGAGAAGACUUCUGCAAAACCGACAACACUGAAACCCACUGAGGCUACGACUCUGAAGCCCACUGAAGGAACAACGGCCAAACCGACAACUCUGAAACCCACUGAGCCAACGACAGAGAAGACCACAGAGAAGACGUCUGCAAAACCGACAACUCUAAAGCCCACAGAGCCCACGACUGCGAAGACCACAGAGAAGACGUCUGCGAAACCGACUACUCUGAGACCCACUGAGCCAACGACUGUUAAGACCACAGAGAAGACGUCUGCAAAACCGACAACUCUGAAACCCACUGAGCCAACGACUGUGAAGACCACAGAGAAGACGUCGGCAAAACCGACAACUCUGAAACCUACUGAGCCCACGACUCUGAAGCCCACUGAAGGAACAACGGCCAAACCGACAACUCUGAAACCCACUGAGCCAACGACUGUCAAGACCACAGAGAAGACUUCUGCAAAACCGACAACUCUGAAACCCACUGAGCCAACGACUGUGAAGACCACAGAAAAGACGUCGGCAAAACCGACAACUCUGAAACCUACCGAGCCGACGACUCUGAAGCCCACUGAAGGAACAACGGCCAAGCCGACAACUCUGAAACCCACUGAGCCCACGACUGCGAAGACCACAGAGAAGACGUCGGCAAAACCGACAACACUGAAACCCACUGAGGCUACGACUCUGAAGCCCACUGAAGGAACAACGGCCAAACCGACAACUCUGAAACCCACUGAGCCAACGACUGUCAAGACCACAGAGAAGACUUCUGCAAAACCGACAACUCUGAAACCCACUGAGCCAACGACUGUGAAGACCACAGAGAAGACGUCGGCAAAACCGACAACUCUGAAACCUACCGAGCCGACGACUCUGAAGCCCACUGAAGGAACAACGGCCAAGCCGACAACUCUGAAACCCACUGAGCCAACGACUGCGAAAACCACAGAGAAGACGUCGGCAAAACCGACAACUCUGAAACCCACAGAGCCCACGACUCUGAAGCCCACUGAAGGAACAACGGCCAAACCGACAACUCUGAAACCCACUGAGCCAACGACUGUCAAGACCACAGAGAAGACGUCGGCAAAACCGACAACUCUAAAGCCCACAGAGCCCACGACUGCGAAGACCACAGAGAAGACUUCUGCAAAACCGACAACUCUGAAACCUACUGAGCCAACGACAGAGAAGACCACAGAGAAGACGUCUGCGAAACCGACAACUCUGAAACCAACUGAGCCCACGACUGUGAAGACCACAGAGAAAACGUCUGCAAAACCGACAACUCUAAAGCCCACAGAGCCCAUGACUGCGAAGACCACAGAGAAGACUUCUGCAAAACCGACAACACUGAAACCCACUGAGGCUACGACUCUGAAGCCCACUGAAGGAACAACGGCCAAACCGACAACUCUGAAACCCACUGAGCCAACGACAGAGAAGACCACAGAGAAGACGUCUGCAAAACCGACGACUCUAAAGCCCACAGAGCCCACGACUGCGAAGACCACAGAGAAGACGUCUGCAAAACCGACAACUCUGAAACCCACUGAGCCAACGACUGUCAAGACCACAGAGAAGACUUCUGCAAAACCGACAACUCUGAAACCCACUGAGCCAACGACUGUGAAGACCACAGAAAAGACGUCGGCAAAACCGACAACUCUGAAACCUACCGAGCCGACGACUCUGAAGCCCACUGAAGGAACAACGGCCAAGCCGACAACUCUGAAACCCACUGAGCCAACGACUGCGAAAACCACAGAGAAGACGUCGGCAAAACCGACAACUCUGAAACCCACAGAGCCCACGACUCUGAAGCCCACUGAAGGAACAACGGCCAAACCGACAACUCUGAAACCCACUGAGCCAACGACUGUCAAGACCACAGAGAAGACGUCGGCAAAACCGACAACUCUAAAGCCCACAGAGCCCACGACUGCGAAGACCACAGAGAAGACUUCUGCAAAACCGACAACUCUGAAACCUACUGAGCCAACGACAGAGAAGACCACAGAGAAGACGUCUGCGAAACCGACAACUCUGAAACCAACUGAGCCCACGACUGUGAAGACCACAGAGAAAACGUCUGCAAAACCGACAACUCUAAAGCCCACAGAGCCCACGCCUGCGAAGACCACAGAGAAGACUUCUGCAAAACCGACAACUCUGAAACCCACUGAGCCAACGACUGUGAAGCCCACUGAAGGAACAACGGCCAAGCCGACAACUCUGAAACCGACUGAGCCCACGACUGUGAAGACCACAGAGAAGACUUCUGCAAAACCGACAACUUUAAAGCCCACAGAGCCCACGACUGCGAAGACCACAGAGAAGACGUCUGCGAAACCGACAACUCUGAGACCCACUGAGCCAACGACUGUUAAGACCACAGAGAAGACUUCUGCAAAACCGACAACUCUAAAGCCCACUGAGCCCACGACUGCGAAGACCACAGAGAAGACGUCGGCAAAACCGACAACACUGAAACCCACUGAGGCUACGACUCUGAAGCCCACUGAAGGAACAACGGCCAAACCGACAACUCUGAAACCCACUGAGCCAACGACUGUCAAGACCACAGAGAAGACGUCGGCAAAACCGACAACUCUAAAGCCCACAGAGCCCACGACUGCGAAGACCACAGAGAAGACGUCUGCAAAACCGACAACUCUGAGACCCACUGAGCCAACGACUGUUAAGACCACAGAAAAGACGUCUGCAAAACCGACAACUCUAAAGCCCACAGAGCCCACGACUGCGAAGACCACAGAGAAGACGUCGGCAAAACCGACAACACUGAAACCCACUGAGGCUACGACUCUGAAGCCCACUGAAGGAACAACGGCCAAACCGACAACUCUGAAACCCACUGAGCCAACGACAGAGAAGACCACAGAAAAGACGUCUGCAAAACCGACAACUCUAAAGCCCACAGAGCCCACGACUGCGAAGACCACAGAGAAGACGUCUGCGAAACCGACUACUCUGAGACCCACUGAGCCAACGACUGUUAAGACCACAGAGAAGACGUCGGCAAAACCGACAACUCUAAAGCCCACAGAGCCCACGACUGCGAAGACCACAGAGAAGACUUCUGCAAAGCCGACAACUCUGAAACCCACUGAGCCAACGACUGUGAAGACCACAGAGAAGACGUCUGCAAAACCGACAACUCUAAAACCUACCGAGACCACGACUCAGAAGCCCACUGAAGGAACAACCGUCAAACCGACAACACUGAAAACCACUGAGCCCACGACUGUGAAGACCACAGAGAACACUUCUGUGAAACCUACAACUCUGAAGCCCACUGAUCCCACGACAGUGAAGACCACAGAGAAGACUUCUGCAAAACCGACAACUCUGAAACCCACAGAGCCAACGACUGUGAAGACCACAGAGAAGACGUCGGCAAAACCGAUAACUCUAAAGCCCACAGAGCCCACGACUGCGAAGACCACAGAGAAGACGUCGGCAAAACCGACAACUCUGAAACCCACUGAGCCAACGACUGCGAAGACCACAGAGAAGACUUCUGAAAAACCGACAACUCUAAAACCAACUGAGCCAACGACUGUGAAGACCACAGAGAAGACGUCGGCAAAACCGACAACUCUAAAGCCCACAGAGCCCACUACUGCGAAGACCACAGAGAAGACUUCUGCAAAACCGACAACUCUGAAACCCACUGAGCCUACGACUCGGAAGCCCACUGAAGGAACAACGGCCAAGCCGACAACACUGAAACCCACUGAGCCAACCACUGAAAAGACCACAGAGAAGACUUCUGCAAAACCGACAACUCUGAAACCUACCGAGCCCACGACUCUGAAGCCCACUGAAGGAACAACGGCCAAGCCGACAACUCUGAAACCCACAGAGCCCACGACUGUGAAGACCACAGAGAAGACUUCUGCAAAACCGACAACUCUGAAACCUACUGAGCCAACGACAGAGAAGACCACAGAGAAGACGUCUGCGAAACCGACAACUCUGAAACCAACUGAGCCCACGACUGUGAAGACCACAGAGAAAACGUCUGCAAAACCAACAACUCUGAAACCCACUGAGCCAACGACUGUGAAGACCACAGAGAAGACGUCGGCAAAACCGACAACUCUGAAACCUUCCGAGCCCACGACUCUGAAGCCCACUGAAGGAACAACGGCCAAGCCGACAACUCUGAAACCCACUGAGCCAACCACUGAAAAGACCACAGAGAAGACGUCUGCAAAACCGACAACUCCGAAACCCACAGAGCCAACGACUGCGAAGACCACAGAGAAGACGUCUGCGAAACCGACAACUCUGAGACCCACUGAGCCAACGACUGUUAAGACCACAGAGAAGACUUCUGCAAAACCGACAACUCUAAAGCCCACUGAGCCCACGACUGCGAAGACCACAGAGAAGACGUCGGCAAAACCGACAACACUGAAACCCACUGAGGCUACGACUCUGAAGCCCACUGAAGGAACAACGGCCAAACCGACAACUCUGAAACCCACUGAGCCAACGACUGUCACGACCACAGAGAAGACGUCGGCAAAACCGACAACUCUGAAACCUACCGAGCCCACGACUCUGAAGCCCACUGAAGGAACAACGGCCAAGCCGACAACUCUGAAACCCACUGAGCCAACCACUGAAAAGACCACAGAGAAGACGUCUGCAAAACCGACAACUCCGAAACCCACAGAGCCAACGACUGCGAAGACCACAGAGAAGACGUCUGCGAAACCGACAACUCUGAGACCCACUGAGCCAACGACUGUUAAGACCACAGAGAAGACUUCUGCAAAACCGACAACUCUAAAGCCCACUGAGCCCACGACUGCGAAGACCACAGAGAAGACGUCGGCAAAACCGACAACUCUGAAACCCACUGAGCCAACGACUGCGAAGACCACAGAGAAGACUUCUGAAAAACCGACAACUCUAAAACCAACUGAGCCAACGACUGUGAAGACCACAGAGAAGACGUCGGCAAAACCGACAACUCUAAAGCCCACAGAGCCCACUACUGCGAAGACCACAGAGAAGACUUCUGCAAAACCGACAACUCUGAAACCCACUGAGCCUACGACUCGGAAGCCCACUGAAGGAACAACGGCCAAGCCGACAACACUGAAACCCACUGAGCCAACCACUGAAAAGACCACAGAGAAGACUUCUGCAAAACCGACAACUCUGAAACCUACCGAGCCCACGACUCUGAAGCCCACGACUCUGAAGCCCACUGAAGGAACAACGGCCAAGCCGACAACUCUGAAACCCACAGAGCCCACGACUGUGAAGACCACAGAGAAGACUUCUGCAAAACCGACAACUCUGAAACCUACUGAGCCAACGACAGAGAAGACCACAGAGAAGACGUCUGCGAAACCGACAACUCUGAAACCAACUGAGCCCACGACUGUGAAGACCACAGAGAAAACGUCUGCAAAACCAACAACUCUGAAACCCACUGAGCCAACGACUGUGAAGACCACAGAGAAGACGUCGGCAAAACCGACAACUCUGAAACCUUCCGAGCCCACGACUCUGAAGCCCACUGAAGGAACAACGGCCAAGCCGACAACUCUGAAACCCACUGAGCCAACCACUGAAAAGACCACAGAGAAGACGUCUGCAAAACCGACAACUCCGAAACCCACAGAGCCAACGACUGCGAAGACCACAGAGAAGACGUCUGCGAAACCGACAACUCUGAGACCCACUGAGCCAACGACUGUUAAGACCACAGAGAAGACUUCUGCAAAACCGACAACUCUAAAGCCCACUGAGCCCACGACUGCGAAGACCACAGAGAAGACGUCGGCAAAACCGACAACACUGAAACCCACUGAGGCUACGACUCUGAAGCCCACUGAAGGAACAACGGCCAAACCGACAACUCUGAAACCCACUGAGCCAACGACUGUCAAGACCACAGAGAAGACGUCGGCAAAACCGACAACUCUGAAACCUACCGAGCCCACGACUCUGAAGCCCACUGAAGGAACAACGGCCAAGCCGACAACUCUGAAACCCACUGAGCCAACCACUGAAAAGACCACAGAGAAGACGUCUGCAAAACCGACAACUCCGAAACCCACAGAGCCAACGACUGCGAAGACCACAGAGAAGACGUCUGCGAAACCGACAACUCUGAGACCCACUGAGCCAACGACUGUUAAGACCACAGAGAAGACUUCUGCAAAACCGACAACUCUAAAGCCCACUGAGCCCACGACUGCGAAGACCACAGAGAAGACGUCGGCAAAACCGACAACACUGAAACCCACUGAGGCUACGACUCUAAAGCCCACUGAAGGAACAACGGCCAAACCGACAACUCUGAAACCCACUAUGCCAACGACUGUCAAGACCACAGAGAAGACGUCGGCAAAACCGACAACUCUAAAGCCCACAGAGCCCACGACUGCGAAGACCACAGAGAAGACUUCUGCAAAACCGACAACUCUGAAACCCACUGAGCCAACGACAGAGAAGACCACAGAGAAGACGUCUGCGAAACCGACAACUCUGAAACCAACUGAGUCAACGACUGUGAAGACCACAGAGAAGACGUCGGCAAAACCGACAACUCCAAAGCCCACAGAGCCCACGACUGCGAAGACCACAGAGAAGAUGUCGGCAAAACCGACAACUCUGAAACCCACUGAGCCAACGACUGUGAAGACCACAGAGAGGACUUCUGCAAAACCGACAACUCUAAAACCAACUAAGCCAACGACUUUGAAGACCACAGAGAAGACGUCGGCAAAUCCGACAACUCUAAAGCCCACAGAGCCCACGACUGCGAAGACCACAGAGAAGACGUCUGCAAAACCGACAACUCUGAAUCCCACUGAGCCUACGACUCUAAAACCCACAGAGCCGACUUCUGCAAAACCGACAACUCUGAAACCUACUGAGCCAACGACAGAGAAGACCACAGAGAAGACUUCUGCAAAACCGACAACUCUGAAACCUACUGAGCCAACGACAGAGAAGACCACAGAGAAGACGUCUGCGACACCGACAACUCUGAAACCAACUGAUCCCACAACUGUGAGGCCUACAGAGAAGACUUCUGCAAAACCGACAACUCUGAAACCCACUGAGCCCACGACUGUGAAGACCACAGAGAAGACUUCUGCCAAACCAACAACUCUAAAACCUACUGAGCCAACGUCCGUAAAACCCACUGAGAAAUCAACUGAUAAACCGACAACUCUGAAACCCACUAAGCGAACGACUCUGAAGCCCACCGAGGGAACGACAGUCAAGCCAUCAACAUCGGAGAAGGCAAUCACUGUGACUAUUACCACCACAGCUUCUCUUCCUCCUUUUAAUAUCUUUGAUGUGAUAACUGGAUCAACACUUACAACUGCGGCCGAUGUUUUCUAGAACGCUCCAAACACUUCUAGCAUUUAGCUU